CACACAGUCCUCUCCUGGCGACUUUCUGCGGCAAGUACGGAGUUUAGAUCCAGUGCUCUUCUGGACUGAUGCAGGAAUAAAGACGGCAACCAGUCGUGAAUGUUAAACACAUAGAGGCCGACUUAUAAGUUGAAAAAUCUUGCGAGUAAAUGGGAUUCAACGUCUUCCGAACAGAAUGUAAAGAAUUCCUUGAAGGAUGUGGGGAAUUAAAGGCUUGUGCGCUGCGCUGUUAUUGUUGUUUUUGGCUUAUAUUUCCGUGUCCUCGGUUAAUGCCGACAGUUUAUCUGCUCCACUCAAUGUGACCAUCAAAGCACUGGAGGGGAACUCAGCGAUAGUGACAUGGGACAUUCUGGAGGGAGACCCAGUCAUUGGGUUUGCCAUCACCCAGCAGAAAAAGGACGUUCGUAUGCUGCGAUUCAUCCAGGAAGUGAACACCACCACUCGUUCAUGUGCAUUGUGGGACUUGGAGGAGGACACAGAAUACAUUGUCCAUGUGCAGUCCAUUAGCAUGAGCGGCACUAGCCCCCUGAGUGAACCUGUUCUGUUCCGCACUCCCAAAGAGUCAGAGAAACUGGCCUCAAAAAGCCCAGAUGAAGUGACCAUGGAGGAGGUUGGCCAGGCCGCCCAGCUCAGGGCUGGAGAGCUCAUUAUCAUCGUGGUGGUUCUCGUCAUGUGGGCAGGUGUGAUAGCUCUGUUCUGCCGUCAGUAUGACAUCAUCAAAGACAACGAGCCCAACAAUAACAAGGACAAAGCCAAGAACUCGUCAGAGUGUAGUACCCCAGAGCACCCUACGGGGGGACUACUGCGCAGCAAGGUCUAAUUACGCCUUCCCCUGUCGGCAAUAAUAGGCUUUAGCCUCAGGACAGUGCUCUGAGACAAAACAAGUAAGCCAUCAAAUCACAAAAGUUGUGAAGCCCACCUCUCAUCCUCAAUCAAACGACCUUUUAGUAUUCCCAUCGACCAACAUGAACUCUUUGGUGCUUGUCUGUUUGGCACACUGACACAAACUUGAGGACAAAAUGGACAAGAUGGUUCCAGAACUGGAAGCUUGAGCCGUUUGGAGCGAGUUGUUGAGAUUCGAUCCACAGCUGCAGGACUCAAACCCCGCCGUGAGCUGGAAAACCAGAGACGCCGCGCCACCAGGAGUGUCUUUGGCUCCUGUGUAGACUCACUGAGAUAAGGAGAAACCUGACACCCUGCAUAAACCUGAAAUAAACCAGGAAGGUGUGUUGUGAAAAAGAAGCAAGAGCGUUUUUCUGAGCUCACCGCCAUUAUCAGCUCCGAACCAGGAUCAGGUCUCUGACAGGGCUGACAUUACGAUAUUUCACUUCAAUAUCUCUCCAUGCUUGUCGCUAUCUUGUGUAUUCGGUUCCUUCAUUUUCACACUUGUAGUUUCGAUUUCUUUACUCCAUUAUCCUCCCUCCAGCAGCCAAUCACGGACAGUCUAGAUAAUUUGAUGUGGUUUAAUUGGUGCGGUGGCAUCUUUCUUCUCAGCACUCUUGCUCUCAGGGCAUUCAGGAAAACAUCCACAGGAAAAACGAUGGAUCACAUUGGCUGUGUCGCAUUCAUCCACCUGUGACCCAAUCACAGCAAACUGCAUUUCAGCCAUUGAUGAUGAAGAGCUCCAUAUAGUAAUAGUGAUAGAAAACGUAUUUAACGCUUGUGUGUUGAGUAAAUCAACAGCUUGCUGUCCCUAAUGAGCACAUUACUGUACAGUGAUGGUCUGGUCCUCAUAUUACAAUCAUUAGCAUAUUGGUCACAAGUAUGACUAUUUACAGCUUUUAUGUGACGUGAUAUAGAGUUGGGUGCCUUUUUUCUAAAGGCUUUCUUUUAGAUUUCUUUCCCUUUAAACAGUUCAGUCUUAAAGUUGACAUGAAAUCAAAACUGACUUUAUAUUUAGUUUCAUGCUACACCUUGCUAGUCUUAUUGGGAUUGAUUCCUCUGUUAUCACAAAGUUAAAACGUUAGACCUUUUUUUUUUUUUUUUUUGCAAUCCAUUCAAUUCUUGAUUGAUAAUUCUAUCUUUUUUGCCUUACUGUUUCAAUAUCAUCUUUAAAGCUAGGGUAGGCGAUUUAGGAUCGACUAUAUCAAUAGUAAGCUUUCUUUGAAAGCAUAAGAUCCCACCCUUCCUUCAUAAUCACUCUCCAAAGCCAUGCCUCCUCCAAAAACACCUGAAUGCACACAGGCAGAGCAGAGGCUAACCAGUGACACGAUGACAGAUGGCGUUGGCAGAGAGUUGAAUGCAAUGUUGUCAGAUUACCUUAUGUCUCAUUCACUGAUGAGAAAACAUUACAGUACAAAGCACAUAUUAUUACAAUAAUAACACCUUCCAUUCUCGUUCGGUCUGCAAUAGUGUAAUGGAACGCGCUGAUGACGUAUCAUGACUGUGUGAACAGGGUGCACAGAGGUAUGCUAAUACACAUGUUGACAGACAGCCCUUGAACCAAGGGAUAUGACUGGAUGAACAUUUUAUGGUCCUACACCUUCCACAAACCAUAUCAAUACAUAGUAAUACAUUUAGACCACUUAAUUAGUGAUUGCUAUCUGGUUUGAAGAGACUUGCCACCAUCAUUACAACAACAACAACAAAAAAAUGGUUUUGAACCAAAUCACCUACCCUGACUUUAACAUGUAAAUGUGUCACAUUUCAUUUUUUUUUUUUUUUAUUCAUUUAUUUUCUGGAGACCCACAUCUGACAUGCAAGUUGGAAAAAACAAGAUAUCAUAACCGUGAAUUGAGAAUUGUUCCCCACUACUUAAUUCCUUGUGCACAAAUUAGUAAAACGUGGGCACAAAAUGCUUUUUUGAGAAUUAAUUCUUAAUUAUUGGCCACAAUAUCAGUUUUUCGCCCUCAUUUUGUAUGGGACUACAUAUAUGUUACGUCUUUUUUUUUUUUAGCUAGACAUGGUUUUUGUUUAAAAAAAAAUAUAUAUAAUAAUGUAUUCAUUAAUUUUAGCUUUUUAAUUUUAAAAUACCUUCUUAUUCCUGUUGACAAUUUAAUUGACAACAAUUGCAAAAAUUGAACAAUAUAUUAAACCAUUUUAUAUAUGAUCAUCAGAUGAUUGCCUCACCAAACAGGAAAGGGCAAGUACAUUAAACUGCUAACAAAACACUUCAGUUUACUCAUUUUCAUUCAGUUGGUCAUAACUGAAAUUGAUUUUUCUAAGAUUUGUGUUCUUCAAAUCAUUGUUAGUUCAUUGGUAACAUUUUGCGACGUUUUUUAAUAAUUUCCAGUCAUUUUUAGUUAAAACAUCAUGCACAUUUUUCAUCUUUUUUUUCCAAUAUUGUAGACACAAUUUUUAAAAAAAGCUCUUUGUAAACAGUAAUUUGGUUGACAAGAUCACAUUACAAAAGUAAAAAGGGUUGUCAGUAUGGUUCAUGUCGACUUUAAAUUUCCUUUCAUUAAGAAGUACAAGAAAUGUAUGCAAGACCAGGCGAGCAGUCUUGUCUGUUAGUGCAGUUGUUCCCAACCCUGGUCCUUGAGGCACACCACUGCAUGUUUUCCAUGUCUCCUUAAUCAAACACACCUGAUUCAGGUCAUCAGCUCAUUAGUACAGACUUCAAGACCUGAAAUUGGUGUGUCAGAGAAAGGAGACAUGCAAAAUGUGCAGUGUUGGGAUGCCUCCGGGAACAGUGUUGGGAACCACUGUGUUAGUGCAGGGGUUUUCAACCUGUGGGGUGCGAGCAUCUGUUAAUUCAGAGGCAUACCAUCCAGUAGCCUAUAUAUGAAUGAGCUAGCAAAUCUUUAGCCAUCCACAAGGUGCCAAUCUGAUUAGUCCCACUGCUAAUCAGUCAAAAAGUUAGAGCAGCAUUUGCUCGAGUAUCAGACUGAGGCCCCGUCCGCACGGAGACGCGUUUAGCUGUAUAUGCAUGAAUUUUGUAUCGUAUAGGCGUUUCGUCCACACAGAUCAGGCGUUUUGGGAGAGUGAAACUGAUAUUUUUUGGAAACCCAAAGUGGAUUAAUCUGAAAAUGAUGCCCUUGCGUUUUCGUGUGGACAGCGAAUUCGUACAUUUUCUGAAACAAUGACGUCAUCAGCCCACCACGUCUCGGUGCUAGACAGACACCACUAUAUCACGUAACAGCAACAAAAAAAAAUAAACACUGUCUGACUGUCUUUUUAUUAACUAACAUUAACACAGAUUAAUAAAUGUAUUGUUCCAUGUUCGUUUGUAUACCGCGCGCAAGGUUUAUGCACAUAGUCCAAGUCUUCUUCUCCGUUUUUAGUGUAUCUCUGUGUCAGAACUACAGUGCCACAUACUGGUCUGUCAUGUAUACAACAUCGUUUUCGGGGUGCCGAAAUACAAUUGGGUAAACUGGGCGGGUUUCACAAACCAAAACAAAGAUCGACAUUCCGGCCCGGAACGCACAUUUUCAAGAACUGAUGGUAGCAUUGUUUUUCAGAUAAACAAGUAUGUCAACUUGGCAUGUUUUUUAAAUAUUUGCAAACAUAUUAUGGUAUUUUUAUGCUUUUUAUGAGCCAAAAUCUUACAUACAGCGCGUGCCCGAAAAGGUUGAAAACUCCUGUGUUAGUGUAUUGUACUGUCUGACAGGAUAGUGUCCUUAUCAGCUAGACUGAAUAAGUCCUCACAUGUCAGGAAUGAAAAAUUGUAGGAAUGCAGGUCAGAAGUCUAGAAAACAUUGAUUCCCUCAGCCGUUGGUCAUUUGGGACUCCACGUUCAGAACGACAUUGCAACAGUUCAACUUUAAUAAGGUUACAGACCAUAUGCAUUUCCCAAGGACGUGUAUUAGACUGUCAGUAUCUGAUCUGAAGAACAAAACCUCCCAUUCAUCUCCAAACCAAGCGUACGAGUACACAAUGAGCAGUGGAAUUGAAAUAGGGCAGUCUCAUUUUUCAAACGCAUAGAAGAGUGUAAAAGUUAAUACUUCUAUUUACUUUCAGUAUAGAGGACUUCAGGUCGGGUGGCCAUUCAUAUUCAAAAGCCCUCAUUGUCAGGAUGUAUUGCACAAUUAAUCAAGCAUGUUGAAAAGGCACCUGAAGGAAUCUCAGAACAAUUAAACAUCCCCGCAUUGGUGACCAUCACCUCCUCAUCUCUGUCACCAUGGCGACAGGCUAACGUACUGUCCUCUCACUCCGCUGCCAUCUACAAGUCAUCCGCACCUUCGUUUUUCAUUCCCGCCUGAGGAGGAAAGCGUAUAUUUCUUUUUAAUGACUGCUAAUUAACCUUGGCCAUGGGGAAGACAGCUCAGGCAGACUGCUGGGUGAAAAAUGGCUCAUAUCAAUAUUCUGUCUGUGUGGCUUACGCAGAAGAACAGAAGGCUGGGUGUGAGGACUGGCUUAAACCAGAGAGGACCGGCUACGUGUUUCAGAUGUUCACUGUUCAGAUAUGUGUUGAGGUUUUGGGUCUUGUAUUAACCGGCAACACUUUCAUUCCGAUUAUUGAUCAUUUCAUUAGAAAUAGACACAAUGAACAGAUAUGGGCUGUGUUCGGAGUGGAAUACUAGUGUACUGCUUACUGCUUUCUUUCCAAUUUAUGGAAAAAUGUCAAAUAGUGAAGAAUGAGAUGUUAAAAAGCACAGCUGGUUUAUUCAUCUGCCUGGAAAUGGAAGAUUGAGUCUGUAUUCCUUGCUGUUUGCCAUAUUAUAUACUGCACAUUUUGGCAAAUCUUAUGAAACCUUAAGCAGCACAACAGUUUUCAACAUUGAUAAGAAAUGUUUCUUGAGCAGCAAAUCAGCAUAUUAGAAUGAUUUCUGAAGGAUCAUGUGACA